AUGUUUGGUGCCCUUCCCUAGUGACAUUUCGUGAUUGUGACAAUAAAAUACUAUUACGUUCUACCUUUAUAAUUACUAAGAACUAAUUAAGAUUAAACACUCUGACUGGCAAUUCCUAUGGGAGUCCAAUUAUAAAAGAAGAAGAAGAAAACAACAACUAAAAGCCAUUAAGCAAAGAACUGAACUGAACUAUAUUUACAUACUCUUUGUUCAUGACCGUGUGUUCAUGCAAAACUGACAAAAGUGUUUUGAUCAAACAGAUUGUAUUGAAACUACGAUAUACUUAUUAAACAAUAUUGAAAUGCUUGAACUUUAAUUAAUUUGUAAAUACUUAAUCGCGGUUAUAGCUUAUCAUUCAUUUUGAACAGCUUAAACAUCAUGAAAUAAAAAUUAAAUUUUAAAAUAAUGUUUGUAAACACUUAAUUAAAAAUCAUAUUGUAUUAAAUAUAGAGAACAAAAUGAACAGAAAAAGAAAUAUCAGCUAUAUUAAACCAGAAGACCCACAUUUUUUGAAAGUUCUCAAAAAGCAAGCAGGCUAUGACGACGUUAAUCACAAAUUUGAUAAACUUGAAAAUUCCGAAGAAGAUUUCGUAGAAGAUGAAGAAAGUGAGUCACCACAAGUAGUGGUACUGAAUAAAGGUGAUCUUACUGCUCAGGAAGCAGAGGCUGAGAAAGAAAGAAUUAAAAAAAUCGAAGCCGAAACAAAAGCAGAUCUCAGUCAAAGAGUAAUUUUUAAGAAAAAAUCAAAAACAAAAGAGAAUGAUAAAAGCAAACAUUAUGCUUCGAGUAAUAAACUACCAUCAAAAGCUAAUAAUCUAAAACUUUUGUCCUUUGGAGAUGAUAAUUUAGAGGAUGAAGAUGAAUAAUAAAUUGUGAUCUACACUUACCGUUUAAUUAAAGUAGGUACUUGUAAAUAUCCAUAAUUAAUAAAAAUAAAUAAAAUUUAACACA